AAGAAAAAAGUAAAUUUUAUCAAAGCCAAGCAAAACCCCAAUUGGACCAGGACAACCAACCUAGACACGCUCGUUUAGAUGAUAUUAUGAAGAAAGGAAGGAUACGAGUUUAUCGUUAGCCAAUUUUAUGGAUUAGAGGUUCAUAUGACGCCGCUUCUAUGGUAUCAGGCGCAUAAGGAGAAUGCACCAGAAUGUUUAACUAUGGUUCAUUACACUGAAUUCAAAGAUGACAAAGGCAUUAUUCUUAUGCGAGGCGAAUUUGACUCAAAAACCAUCAACGUACAAGAAGCACAGUGUUUAGCAAAUGAGUUACAAUUGUAUUAUUGCACAGAAAAUCCCAAGAGACUACAACUACUGCAAACCUUUACUCACAAACCCGAUGAGUUCAAGCACAUGGAUCUAAUAGCACAAUUAGAGACAUUAGAUCUGCAUAGUAAAUGAAUACUUGCUUGUGAAAAAGAUUGCAAUAAUUUAAUUCACUGUUACUGAUAUUGUAUAUAAUGCAGCUGAAAUAAAAUAUAAAAAUAUAAAAGUUUGAGUUAUUUAUUUAAAAUUAACUAAUCAGUGAUUCAACUAUAUUUUCAAUCCAAUUUAAACAUUGUAUACUCAAUACUUCUGCAGUAUUUUAUGCAAUUCUAUUGUAUGUAUAUCUGA